AUGACCAUCGGAACUGCACCACAAACUUUCAAAGGAUUCGGAGUCGACGACUUCAAGAACUGGGACAGCCCCAAGUUGGUGGAGUACGCCGCCAAGCCUCUCAAUGACCACGACGUGAUAGUGGAAACCAUUGCUUGCGGAGUUUGCGGCAGUGAUCUCUUCACCAUCAACGGUGCCUGGGGACCUUUGGGCAGAAAAGACUUGGUGGUCGGCCACGAGAUCAUCGGAAAUGUGGUUGCUCUCGGUGACCUUGUCACCGAGUUCAAGCUUGGCCAAAGAGUCGGCAUUGGUGCUGCCAACAGCGCCUGCAGAGAGUGCAGCCGUUGUGCCAGUGACAACGAACAGUACUGUCCUACCCGUUCCUCCACCUACAACUCGGUGGACCCUCGUUCCGACGGAUACGUGACCCAAGGUGGAUACGCCUCCCAUGCCAUUGCUGACGAGCAAUUCGUGUUUGCCAUUCCAGACAAGAUCUCGUCCUCGGCUGCCGCACCUAUGAUGUGUGCUGGGUUGACUGUGUUCUCUCCAUUGGUCAGAACCUUGGGCUACGACGCCAAGGGUAAGACUGUGGGGAUCAUCGGUAUCGGUGGUUUGGGCCACUUGGCUAUCCAGUUUGGCCAUGCCAUCGGAGCAAACGUGGUAGCAUUUUCCAGAUCAUCCUCCAAGAAGGAUCACGCCAUCUCCAUGGGAGCUGACGACUUUGUCGCCACUGGUGAGGACCCUAAGUGGACCUCCAGAUACAUGGACAAGUUCGACUUGAUUUUGAACUGUGCCUCGGGAAUUGACGGCUUGGCCCUUACCGACUACUUGUCGGUGUUGAAGGUGAACGGCAGCUUCAUUUCUGCCGGUUUGCCAUCUCACUCUGAAACGUUCGAGGUUGCACCAAAGGGAUUCCUCAAGAACGGAGGCUCGUUCGGGUCCUCGUCGCUUGGUUCCAAGGUGGAAGCCAACGAGAUGUUGAGAUUGGCUGCGGAAUACGACAUCAAGCCAUGGGUCGAGGAGAUCGACAUCAGCGAGAAGGGUGUGCACGAAGCGUUGACCAGACUCGACAAGGGUGACGUCAAGUAUAGAUUUGUGUUCACUGGCUUCGACAAGGCCUUUUAG